CCCCCGGCUGCAGCCAGCUCCCGCGGACAGCGGCCCCCGCCGAGGGCACGAAUGCCAGCUCCCGGCUCUGCUUCGCGGUGGUGCUGGUGCUGCUGACGCUCACGCCCGGAGUGGACUCCUCGUGGUGGUACAUCGGGGCACUGGGGGCAAGGGUGAUCUGCGAUAACAUCCCUGGAUUAGUCAACAAGCAACGGCAACUCUGCCAGAGGUACCCUGAUAUCAUGCAGUCCGUCGGGGAGGGGGCCAAAGAGUGGAUCCGGGAAUGCCAACAUCAGUUCCGGCAUCACCGCUGGAACUGCAGCACGCUGGAUAGAGACCACACGGUCUUCGGGAGAGUCAUGCUACGCAGCAGCAGAGAGGCAGCCUUCGUCUACGCCAUCUCCUCGGCCGGGGUCGUCUACGCCAUCACCCGGGCCUGCAGCCAAGGGGAGCUGAAAGCCUGCAGCUGCGACCCCCUGAAGCGCGGCCGUUCCAAGGACGAGCGAGGGGAGUUCGACUGGGGCGGCUGCAGCGACAACAUCCACUACGGGAUCAAGUUCGCCAAGGCCUUUGUGGACGCCAAGGAGAAGAAGGUGAAGGACGCCCGGGCGCUGAUGAACCUGCACAACAACCGCUGCGGAAGGACGGCUGUCAAGCGAUUCCUGAAGCUGGAGUGUAAAUGCCAUGGAGUCAGCGGCUCCUGCACCCUAAGGACUUGUUGGUUGGCAAUGUCAGAUUUUCGGAAAACUGGGGAUUACCUUAGGAAGAAAUACAAUGGGGCCAUCCAGGUGACAAUGAACCAGGAUGGCACCGGCUUCACCGUGGCCAACAAGAACUUCAGGAAACCCACCAAAACAGACCUGGUGUACUUUGAGAACUCUCCUGAUUACUGUGUGAUGGACAAGUCGGCAGGUUCCCUGGGGACGGCGGGUCGUGUGUGCAAUAAACUGUCCCGUGGGACCGACGGCUGCGAGGUCAUGUGCUGUGGCCGGGGCUAUGACACCACCCGCGUCACGCGUAUCACCAAGUGCGAGUGCAAGUUCCACUGGUGCUGCGCUGUGCGCUGCAAGGAGUGCGAGGACACUGUUGACGUGCACACGUGUAAAGCACCGAAGCGGGCCGAGUGGUUAGACCAAACCUGAGGAGACAGGAACCAGAGAGGGAAAAAACAAACUCACGCACGACCCGUGCCCCAUGGGCCAUGGCAUUCCGGGAGCUGUAGUUCAGCUGCAUGGCUUUUAUUUAAUGAAUUCUGCAAAGCACUAACGACAGGACUACAUUUCCCAGGAGAUACCGUGGACCCUUCCAACUGCUCAGCAAGUCUAUCCCCUUCCCUCGAAGGAGUCUGCAAUCAUUGCUUAAACUGUGAAGCGUCUUCUGCCCAUUGUCGUCUUGCAAAAGGUCAGCGCAGCUGCUUACGAACGUGAGACCGAUCGUCGGAAUGUGAGUGACGGAUCCCUGCGUGUCCCUAAAGAAUUUUCUUGCUAUAAAUUAAAUUUCACCAGGAACAAAAAUAAAAACCCAAAACCACCGUCACCAACCUAGAGCAAACUAUGAAAUCCUUGCAGAAAGCUCUCUCUCUUUGCUUUGUUUUUAGCGAGGCCCAAGGAAGGAUGUUGCAAAGCCCUAAGGAAGCGCGAUGGUCUCAAACAGACCCAGCACGUUAAUGCACGGCUGCACUAGAGACAGGAGCUGACAAGAGCAACUCUUUGUAAGUGGACUUUUCUUCCACUCCUCAAUGAAGAGGACAGGCAGAGUUGCAAAUUGUCACCCAAAAUCUGAUUAACUACUAAAGGGGGGAAAAAGUCCAGAGAGAGAGAAAGAGAGCAAAGAGUCUGUGAAGAGACUGGUAGGUUUUAAAGUAAACUUAUAUAACAGUGGCUCUUUGUAAAACUCAUUUGUAUGUUGUGUAUACGGCUUUAUUAUUUUAAGAUAAAAUUCAUUAUAAACCUAUAUCAGAAACCAA